AUGGAUUUCAUCUUCUCUCAGUUAUUUUGCUUGUUGUACCAUUAUCAUGUGCGUGCCUCUAGUACUUUGGCCAAGGGUCAUAUGUCGAACAAUGUGUGUGACUUGUGUACUAUUCAUUCCUUUGGGGUGCGCUGUAGACCCAGCCCUAAUCCCAAAAUUAUUGAGGUUACGUGGCAUCUCCCUUGCUUUGGUUCGGUCAAAAUUAAUACUAAUGGCGCUCGCAAAAGUGACUUUGGUAAAGUAGGUAGUGGUGGUGUGUUUCGAGAUUAUCAUGGUUGUGUACUUAGGGCAUUUUGCUCCAAUUUAGAUGUCCCAAGUGCAGUACAUGUUGAAGUUUUAGAUGUCAUCAAGGCCAUUAAGCUUGCUUGGCUUCAUGCUUGGCAUAAUGUUUGGAUUGAAACUGAUUCGUUAUUAGUUACUCAAUUCUUUCGCUCUCCUCAUUUGGUCCCUUGGCAUUUGCGAUUUGAUUGGCAGAAUUGCUUGCAUCGUCUCCAGUACAUGUUGUUUAAGAUUUCUCAUAUAUUUCGCAAGGGUAAUCAUGGAGUUGACAUUUUGGCAAAUCACGAUGUUCAGGGCUCUGGUUUCACGUGGUGGGACAUUGCACCUUCAAAUGUCUUUUCGUCGGGACCAGCUGGGCAUGCCCAGUUAUCGUUUUACUUAGUCUCUUUUUGUUUACUCCUUCAGAGUUUUGGUUUCUUGGGUCCGUAUGUUGCUGUGCCUAUAUGUCACUCUUUCUUUUUUGCAGGGUUUUGGUUUGGUCCCCCUUGCUAUUUACAUCAGAUGUCAAGAUCAAUAGUUGGUGGUGCUGAUGGAACAAGUCCUUCCAAGAUGAGGGCUGGCAUAGUUCUUGAAGGAGGUAUGCAUUCAUCUGUUAAAGACAUAUAG